CUAGCUACAGACAAGUUUAUUUCUGCACCCGACAUGCACCCUCAAUGCACCUACAAUAGUGCAUGAUAAAUUGAUAACCGUUAAUUCAUAGAUGUGGUUUCUGCUGCUGUGUGCGCUUGUGCCCUGGGCACGGGGAAUAGAAUAUUACGAUGACAAUAAUGAACACAUAAAGAUGCUCAAACAAAAGCUCAAAUUGUUGGGAUCCAAAGAAGAGUUUGUGAUAGAAGACGACUAUGAAGAAAUAAUUAGUUUUAACCCAGAAGAUAACUCAGUUAAGGUAAAGGAAGAUGGGGAAGGGAAGCUAGAAUUGUGCUUGCCUAGCUUCGGUCGGGAGUACUGCGUCACAGUACAGAAGAAGCAACACAUUUUCAAGCCACAGCACGAAAAAUCGGAAGUUGAAGGAAAACUAGAACUGGUGGAAUGUAUUUUGAAAAACAUUGCCGUCGGGUGGCGAUCCGCAGCGACACUCUGUUGGGAGUCCCGGUCAAGGCGGGAUUAUCCUCGAACUUUUCGCCUCAAACCUUUGAGUGAAACAAUAGCAAGUGUGGAGUGAAAUAAAAUAUGAAGUAUUAACAAAA